UCUUGUCGCUGAACGGAUUGCUGGAUCGUGGAUCGCCGUCUUCUUUUUCUCAAUAACGAUUCUCUGCUAUCACUAUCACUACAAGAUCCAGUCAAGAUUAAAACGCACAUUAACGAUAAAUAGAUUCUAGAUAUGAAAAUUUGUAGGGAUAGAAAUCUCACGCAAGACAGCUGAUGAGAUAAAAUGAAAUUGCGAGUUACCCUUUGAGUACAACACUUUGCUAAGACCCUCAACAAUGGAGACUUUAGCUCCUGCCACACAAGAUGACAGUUCAGGGGCGAAUCCGAGCAGUGUCAAGAGCGAUGACAGCAGCCCUCGACAUGAGAGUGGCCGGGGCUCCCCACCCCCAAACUGUGCUAUAUGCUUAGGAACAUGCCGCAAUAAUUCUUUCACUGACUCCUGCUUACACCAGUUCUGUUUUAAAUGUCUAUUAACCUGGAGCAAAGUUAAACCAGAAUGUCCGUUGUGCAAACAGACUUUUCGUUCGAUAAUACAUAAUGUGAGAUCCAAUCAUCAAUAUGAAGAAUAUAUGGUUGAACAGAGACAGACAGAGGAGGCUGCGGAACGGAUAGACAUAAAUACACUCACAUCAACACGGAGGUUUAGAUACAGGACGACGCUGACGCUGCCGCGGCGCGAGUCGCUGGCCAUCCAGCAGCUGCUGCUGCACUACCCGAUGAUGGCGGACGUGCUGCCCGCCCCGCGCCCCGCCGCCCGCGCCCCGCGCCGCCGCUCGCCCGCCUCCUUCCGCCGCACCGUGUACCGCCACAACCUGUGGGCACGCCCGCUUCCCGACUUCACGGGGCGCUUCAGGGACUGUUCACCCUUAUUUUAUAGGUAUAAUGACUCACAAAUGCAUCGAUUAGUACCAUGGCUCACUCGGGAACUUCAUUAUUUAUUAAAUGAGAAUGUGGGGCAUAUAUCUUAUGUGAUAACGAGGAUCUUGGAGCUCCUACCUCAGUACCACAUUAACUCUCCGGAGUUCAGGGAGGCGAUGCUCCGGUACUUCGGCGACAGGACCGACCAUUUUCUGCACGAACUGUACUGCUUCGCCUCCACGCCCUACGACAUGACCGGCUACGACCGCAACGUUCAAUACACCACCGACACGAGGAUAUCUACUAUGGUCAAUGAGGUCAUAUCGAGUUCCGAGUCGGAAGCGAGCACGGACUCCGACAUCGUUAUGGUGUCCAGCUCCGAGCCGGCGGAGCAGCCCCCGGGACCCUCCAGAGUGCCCGCGCCCGUCUAUCCUCAAAACUACAUUCCAGAGCCUACGACGAACAACGUCAUUCCUAUAGAGACCUUAUCUCAUACCGAUACAGAUGACGAUUCAUCGGAAGUUAUGGUUGUAGGAUACAUAAAGCCACCUCAGGACAGGACUCCCGAAGUGGUCGAUUUACUCGGAUCGGAUAGCGACGUGAUCGUUCAAGAAAACGUACCGGAAACGUCCCAAAGCCACGACACGGAAAGUAGACCCUCCGGAUCACUAGUUAAAUUAAGUUUAAAGAGACACAAGCCUCCAGUGUCGGACUCCGAUAGCGAGAGCGAUGCCGGCGUACCUCCGCCCUCCAAGCGCAAGCGGCGACAUCGCUCCAACGACACGGCCACCACCUCCGACACUUGCCGCACCACGCCCUCGCCCGCGCCCGCCUCGUCCUCCGCGCCCUCCCCCACUCCCACUCCCACGCCCACGCCCAGCUUCCCCUCGCCACCCCUAGCCGCACUCCGCCGCUCCCCCAGUCUGACCUCCACGUCCUCGAACUGCAGCGAGCCCAGCGCCUGGUCCAGCGGAGAGACGUACUGUUCCACAAACAAGAGAAAAAGAUUGCACAAGAAGAAGCCCAAGAAAAAAUGUAAAGAGGCCCCGGUUGAGAAGAGUAAGAAGAAACCCAAAAAGCGGUCGACGCGACAGCAAAAAGAAAAGAAUGCCACGAAUUCGACAGCGGACAAUGAGAAAAGCAAAAAGCGAAAAUCAGAUUCCGGAAAAGGAGUGAAAUCGUCUAAGAAAGCGGCGGCCAGUGCGGCGGCGAGUGCGGCGGCCGCAGCUGCGGAGGCGAGCGCUGCGGCCGCCAACCUGCCCGGCACCAGCGGCGUCUCCGCCCGUAAGCAGCAGGACAAAGACAGGAAAGCAGAAAGUCGUCGCCCGGAGCGAGAGAGUAGAAGACUGAAAAGUGUUGUGAAUGUCGUAAACGGCCACAAGAAUUCGAGUGAUUCAAACUCAAGUGCCAGCCCGCGCGGUGCGAAUGAUACUAGUGCGGUUAUUAAUUCUGUCGUAGCGAAUUCUAGCUCGUGUCAACGUUCCCACAAAUUGGAUGUGGGACGACGGACUGUGAUCACGCAAAGGUAUGAGCCCCAGUCUGCCGUCAAAUACGAUACAGACGGUACGUCGGAUUCGGAAGACGAUCUGCCCUUAAAUCUGACAGUGAAAAGGAGCGCCUAUUCUUGAGUAUAAUUAUUACAAUUCUAAUGUACGCUUAAGUAUAUGCUAACAUUUGUACGGGUUCCCGAAAUCUAGAAGUGUGCUGGAUUACGAAUACACUGAUUGUUCCCUUGAAUACAGAGAUGCCGAAUUUAUGUUACAAAAUUAGUAGCUUUAACCAUAUUGUAAGUUUAUUUUAUUCAUCUGGCACACUUCAAUAAGCAUAUGUUGCAUAAAUCGCCAUCUGAGUUUUUAUAUCAUAAUAAUAUUGUAAAUAUAUUCGUAACCUAUUCUACUUAAUUAUUCGGUUUUAAUUAUUUGUUUGAUUG